AUGUGCGGCAUGGACGUGGACCUGGACGACGGCGGCUCGGCUGAGGAGGAGAAAGAGGAGGAGUUCUGGAUGGGGGAGGGAGUGAAGAUGCUGCCCCCUCCUGUGGCCCACAGCGGGGGGAGUGCGUGGGGCAGCCGCCGGGGCAGGUGUGGCUGCGUGGCCUGCGGGGCGGCUCUCAUCCUCUGGAACCUGUGCGUGGUCUUGGCCAGUGCUCUGCUGCUGGCCGUGGUCUUCUCCGUGGUGCUGCUGCCGGCGGUGCUGCUGCUCUACGCCGGGUUCCUCUGUCACUCCAGGGUCCUUGAUGCCCCCUCCGCCAUCUGCCGUUACCUCGACGACAACAGCUGCUCCGCCCUCAUCAUCCUGGGCUUUGUGAUGAUGUCUCCGCUCGUGGUCGUGGCCGCUGCAGUUUUCUGCGGCCUGCUGCGGAGGUUUCGACUCCUGCUCUUCAUCCAGCCCAUCACGCGCGCCUGGUACCGGGGGAGGCUGCUGGACUGGGCGGGCAGCCUCCACGCCUGGGUCUGA